AUGGCGCUUAUUCCGAGCAUUUUCGGUGGUCGCCGGAGCAACGUCUUUGAUCCAUUCUCUCUUGACAUUUGGGAUCCAUUUGAGGGCUUUCCCUCCUCGACCACCCUCUCUGACCUUCCCUCUUCAGCUCGUGAGACCUCUGCGUUCGCCAACACUCGCAUUGAUUGGAAGGAGACGCCGGAGGCCGAUUUGCCGGGACUGAAGAAGGAAGAGGUGAAAGUGGAGGUGGAAGAGGGGAGAGUUUUACAGAUUAGUGGAGAGAGAAACAAAGAGCUGGAGGAGAAGAACGACAAGUGGCACCGCGUGGAGAGGAGCAGUGGGAAGUUCCUCCGGCGGUUCAGGCUGCCGGAGAAUGUGAAGGUGGAUCAAAUCAAGGCUAGUAUGGAGAAUGGUGUGCUUACUGUGACAGUUCCAAAACUGCCCAAGAAGAAACCAGACGUCAAGGCAAUUGACAUCUCGGGCUACAUGUUUUCAUGGAUGGGUUUGCAUGGAUUGAUCGCGAAUGGGAGUGUGUGGAGUCCCUUAAUUCGGUAUGUAAUGUCACCGUGA